AUGAGGAAAUCUAAGCGAUGUGAGCGUCUGCUGGAGAGGUUAGGCUGGGCGGAACGUAUGCGGCACCAGCACAUCCCGGGACAGUUUGUAUCAACAUCGGCAGAAUGCGCCGGCGAGGUUCGUGCUGUUAUGAAUUCUUCGUUCAAAGCUGUCAAAAAGAAGCAAAUCAGUGGCCAUCGUGGCGAAAGGGUUCACAUUUGCCUCUUCACAUUUCGCAUAAAAUCACAGAAGUUUGGUUAA